AUGGCUGAUUCUAAAGAGGAUCAAGCUAAGCCUCUAGCCCCACUUUCUCUCACUACCCGAAGCGACCAACCCCUCGAAGAUCAUCAUUAUUACCACGACGACCGAACCAAACACUUUCACUCACGGUCACGGACCAGACUGAUCUUAUGCUGCGGUUUCAUCGCAUCUCUAACUCUGAUAAUUGCGUUCACCUUCAUCGUCCUCUCUCUCACGGUUUUCCAUCUCCAUAGCCCAACUCUCACCGUCGAUUCCAUAUCAAACCGAAACGCUACGGUCUCGUUGGAAAUUUCCUUGCGCAAUCCCAAUGCGGCGUCGUUUAAAGUGAGAAACGUUACUUUUUUGCUUCACUACGGUGACUUCGUGGUUGCUGAGGAUACUGGUAGAAGAAGUGAAACUAUUCCGGCGAAACGGACGGUUAGGAUGAAUCUGACGGCUGAGAUUGUUACAACAAAGCUACCAGCAUCUUUAGCAGGAGUGGAUUUGAAAAGCAGUGUUGUAGUUAGUGGUAAAGUGAAGAUCUUCAAGAUUUUCAAGAAAUCUGUUCAUCUUACAAAAGAUUGUUUCAUGAAGAUGACGAUCAACAAUUCCUCAAAGCUUACAUUUCAAUGUUCAAGGACAAGAAAUGCUCAUGAACAAAUCCAAACCUAA